AUGGCAUUUUUUAUUCUCGGUCUCGCUUGCCUUCUAAGCAUUUCGCCUGCUGAUGCUGCCAUUGUCGGAGCCAACACAAGUAGCCCAUUGUCGACUUAUAUUGUCCAGGUACGAAGGCCGAACGACAAAUACUUCGCUACUCCGGAGGAUGCCGGUGUUUUCUUUCGGUCAUUUUUAUCAACCACAGCAAACAAAGAGCGUCGAAUGGUUUACUCGUACCGAAAUGUGCUAUCCGGGUUCGCGGCCAGAUUGACCGCUGAGGAAGCUAAAGCGAUUCGAGAGAAGGACGGUGUUUUGUACGUGCGUCUGGAGAAGGCGCUCUCUCUGCACACGACUCACACCCCCGACUUCUUGGGAUUGCACCAUGGAGAUGGGAUCUGGAAGGAGUCAAACUUUGGUAAGGGCGUGAUCAUCGGAGUAUUGGACACGGGGAUUUUCCCCGACCACCCUUCCUUCGGCGACAAGGGGAUGCCACCGCCACCCGCCAGAUGGAAGGGCAGGUGUGACUUCAAUGGCAGGUCCUGCAACAACAAGCUCAUCAGUGAGAGGUCGUUCGGUGGUGGUCCGCCGGAAGAUGAAGUGGGCCACGGCACGCACACAUCAAGCACGGCUGCCGGUGCUUUUGUGAGUAGUGCCAACGCUCUCGGUAAUGCUAACGGCACGGCGGUAGGCAUGGCACCUCUUGCGCAUUUGGCAAUGUACAAAGUUUGCCGGGUUUUAGGGUGCCUUGAGAGCGAUGUAUUAGCGGGGCUCGAUGCAGCUAUCGAGGACCGCGUCGACGUGCUUUCCCUCUCUAUGGGAGGAGAAUCCCUACCGUUCUAUGACGAUGUGAUUGCAAAGGGUGCAUUUGCCGCAACCCAAAAGGGCAUCUUUGUCAGUUGCUCCGCCGGUAACAGCGGGCCGGACAAGGGCACGUUGGCAAACGAGGCACCGUGGAUUCUCACCGUGGGAGCGAGCAGCAUUGACCGCAACAUAACGGCCACGGUGCAGCUCGGGAACGGGAAAAAGUUCGAUGGGGAGACCCUCUACCAACCCCACGACUUCACUCCCAAGCUACUUCCCCUUGUUUAUGCGGGGAAGAAAGGAGAUCCAUCCACGGCUCUCUGCCUUCCCGGAUCACUACAACGCCGCUCAGACCUCAAAGGAAAAGUGGUUGUGUGCGAGAUCGGCAACGGAUACCGAGUUGAGAAAGGUCAAGAGGUCAAGGAUGCGGGCGGCGCGGCAAUGAUCCUCGUGAAUAGUCCCAUCGAAGGAUACACCACAUUGGUCGAUGCGCAUGUCCUACCCGCAGUUCACGUGAGCUGUGCCGCGGGGAUGGCAAUCAAGAGCUACCUAAGCACAGCGCCGGCGCCGACGGCCACCAUCUUAUUCAGAGGCACCCAUGUCGGGAGAUCGGCCGCCCCGGCUGUAUCAUACUUCUCUUCCCGCGGCCCAAACACCCAAAGCCCUGGCAUCCUAAAACCAGACAUCAUUGGCCCAGGCGUGAACAUCCUUGCCGGUUGGCCAUUUCCUUUAAAGAAAUCCGCAAGCAGGAAGCCCUCAUUCAACGUGAUCUCCGGGACCUCUAUGUCCUGCCCCCACCUCAGCGGUGUGGCCGCUCUGCUCAAGAGUGCGCACCCUGACUGGUCACCAGCCGCCAUCAAGUCUGCCAUUGUGACCACCGCCACCACCUCCAACGUGGAACACCGGCCCAUCGUCGACCAAACGCUCCAUCCGGCGGACAUUUUUGCCACUGGAGCUGGACACGUUAACCCAUCAAAAGCCGUCAACCCGGGUCUCAUUUACGACAUUGGACCGCAAGAUUACGUGGCUUAUCUUUGCGGCCUCGGCUACAGCGACUCAGAAAUGGAGAUGAUAGUUCAAAAGAAAGUCACAUGCUCGAGUAUAACAAGCAUACCCGAUUACCAGCUCAACUAUCCGUCGAUCACCGUAAUGUUCAAUGGUUCGGCGAAGAAGGUGAGUGUGACAAGGACGGUGAGGAACGUCGGACCCGCGAAUUCCCGUUACCGGUCAGUCAUCGACCCGAUCCAGGGUCUGGACUCAAUUGGUGUGUACCCGCGUGACCUGGUGUUCACGAAGGCGAAGCAGACAGCGAGUUACGGGGUUGACUUCACGAGGAGAGUUCACUGGAAAGCAGCCAAGAUGACUUCGUUCGCUCAGGGGGCGAUCACGUGGGUCUCUGCCGGGCAUUCGGUUCGAACCCCAGUCGUUGUUGUGUUUUAAUUGAUGUUUGUGUCCUGAAUAAUCUGUAGCUUGGUUAAUCUUAUGAACAAAGAGGAAAAUAAAUAUUCAUUAUAGAGCUUACA